AAGAACCGAAUGCACAUAAGGUCGCCAGCCCACACUCCGGACUUGCAUACCCUGAUGAUGUCCUGGACUAUGGCCUCAAGCCAUACAGCCCCCUCGCCAGUCUCUCUGGCGAGCCCCCCGGCCGAUUCGGAGAGCCGGAUAGGGUAGGGCCCCAGAACUUUCUGAGCCCGGCCAAGCCAGAAGGGGCCUCGGGCCUGAGCCCUCGGAUCGAGAUCACUCCAUCCCACGAACUGAUGCAGGCAGGGGGGGCCCUCCGCGUGAGAGACACUGGCCUCCUGGGGGAGCAGGCGCCCCUGGCGGGGGUGGCCGCCAGCCAGAGGUUCACCCUGCCUGUGCCCGGCUUCGAGGGCUACCGCGAGCCGCUUUGCUUGAGCCCCGCUAGCAGCGGCUCCUCUGCCAGCUUCAUUUCCGACACCUUGUCCCCCUACACCUCGCCCUGCGUCUCGCCCAAUAACGGCGGGCCCGACGACCUGUGUCCCCAGUUUCAAAACAUCCCUGCUCAUUAUUCCCCCAGAACCUCGCCAAUAAUGUCACCUCGAACCAGCUUCGCUGAGGACAGCUGCCUGGGCCGCCACUCGCCCGUGCCCCGUCCGGCCUCCCGCUCCUCGUCGCCCGGUGCCAAGCGGAGGCAUUCGUGUGCUGGGGCCUUGGUUGCCCCUCUGCCUGGAGCCUCACCCCAGCACUCCCGAAGCCCCUCGCCGCAGCCCCAGGACGACGGCGCGUCCGCUGGGUACCACCCAACGGCUGGCUCUGCUGUCCUCAUGGAUGCCCUGAACAGCCUUGCCCCGGACUCGCCUUGCGGGAUCCCCUCCAAGAUGUGGAAGACCAGCCCCGACCCGUCCCCGGUGUCCGCCGCCCAGCCCAAGGCCGGCCUGCCCCGCCACAUCUACCCGACCAUGGAGUUCCUGGGGCCCUGUGAACAGGAGGAGAGGAGGAACUCGGCCCCCGAGUCCAUCUUGCUGAUGCCCCCGACUUGGCCCAAGCCGCUGGUGCCUGCUAUUCCCAUCUGCAGUAUCCCAGUGACUGCAUCCCUCCCUCCACUCGAAUGGCCACUCUCCCACCAGUCAGGCUCCUAUGAGCUGCGGAUUGAGGUGCAGCCCAAGCCACAUCACCGAGCCCACUAUGAGACAGAAGGCAGCCGAGGGGCAGUCAAAGCUCCAACCGGUGGCCAUCCUGUGGUUCAGGUAUGGACUUGAAUUCUUUUUAUUUUGUGUUCCUCAUUUGAUACUAGCUGGUUUACUUCUGCUAAGCCACUGCCUGUUGCUUGUCAGAUUGAGGUAUAUGACUCAGCCUCUUACUCCUCUGAGGGAUGGGAAAUUUAAACCAGUAUCUGAAGCUAA